GGUGGUUGCGAAUCGCGGUUAAAGACCACGAAGAAGAAGCAGCUGCAAUAACGAAGUGAAAGUAAACGUAAAACUAGAAGAUUACAUUUCAAGUGAUGCGCAGGAAAAUUAUUGACUGUAUAAAUAAGUAAAUAUCUGGCCAAUGCAUAUAACUUAAAAGCGUUGAAGAGAAAGGGACAUGCUACAGCUGCUGUUUUUUCUGGUUUAAACUGACAGCGACAGAUGGAUUCUCAAAGAAGUGGGGUUGCUGAAGUCAUGCCAGAUGAUGUAGCUAAUGUUGAUUUAAGUACAAGCUCAACAGAUGGAUAUUUUGGAUGUCAGAAGUGUGACAAUACAAAACACUUCAUGCAGUCAGAGAACAUGCAAGAUGACAAAGCAUCUCCAACUUCAAUGGAUUGUGGGUCUGCAAGUGAGCUGGAUGAGGCUGACCUUGGUGGUAACGGAAAGAAUGCAGCUCAAAUGCACUGUUCUAAUGGACAGAAAUCUAGGAGGCCUAGUUCGCCUGGUCGCCACCCUGUUAAAAAAAACGAUUUUGAGAGACCAUCUCCAAACCCAGAACCUACCCUCUGUUUAAGUGCUGCAACAAGUUCAAGUGCAUCCAAUGAUAUGGAGAUGCUGACAUCUCCCGACGGUUCAUCCUGCAAAAUCAAUCUUAUGAAUAACACUGCAGAUAGGGAGCAUUUAGAGGAGUCUGGGUUCGCAAAGUUUAGGCCUGAGUUUGUGGUCAGCUCAGAUUCUGGAAGUUUGGCCAAAGACACGUGUCAUAUGGGUACCUAUAUGGAUCCUAAUAAUGAGAUAAUGGAGUGCAGUGGCCCAUCUGGUGUGACUGGUAUUGGAAGCCAAUCAGGUGUAAAUAUUGAAAGUGUUUCACUGCAUAACAUAGACAAAGGUUGGAGGGGCACACCCAUAGAUGAGCUGAACAGAAUGCCCCAAUGUGCCCCCUCUUUGCCUUACUUAAAAGCAAUGCCUAACCACACUGUCACAGUGAGGACUGAUAUCCUCAGAGAGGGAAAGGGUAUUUUCCCAUAUCCCACUAAGUUCAAAGAUGCGUGGGAUGAUGUGUCAGUGAAGAUGCCCUGCUCUGAGAAGAACUUGUUUCCUGUGGAGACUGAGGAUGGGGGUGGUGUCCAAAGCCGAUGGGAGCUGAUUCAAACAGCUUUGAAGGGAGGAUUGAAAAGCUCUUUGGAUGUGAGGGAUGCUAUAUUGAGAUACAACACAGCACACGCGAAAAGAUGGGACUUCACUGCCCUGAACCUUCUUUGCACAGAGUAUCUUGAGCACUGCGAGGUACAACACCUGUUUGACUACAUACUACCAGCCAUGGUUGACCUGGCACUCAAAGUGCGUGACCUCUGCACCAUGCCAAUUCCAUUAUUGAAGUCAGGAAUGAACCAUUCCCUGACCCUGUCUCAGGAGCAAAUAGCAAGUCUUUUGGCCAAUGCUUUCUUUUGCACAUUCCCUCGACGCAACUCACGCAAAUCAGAGUACGGCAAUUAUCCGGAGAUCAACUUCUACAGGUUAUUUGAAGGGUCUUCACCAAAAAAAAUUGAGAAAUUGAAAACUUUGCUUUGCUACUUCAGGAGAGUUACAGAAAACAAGUCUAAGGGUCUUGUUACAUUUACAAGGCAAACACUCAACAGUCCACCAAACUGGGAAAGUUCCCAGACUCAGCUUACACAACUACAUAUCACUUGUGAGGGGACAAUCGAGGAGGAUGGAUACGGGAUGCUGCAGGUGGACUUUGCAAAUAUGUUUGUAGGUGGAGGAGUGACUGGGCAUGGACUCGUCCAGGAAGAAAUUAGGUUCCUCAUCAAUCCUGAACUUAUUGUCUCUCGUCUCUUUACCGAGGCUUUGGAAUACAAUGAAUGCCUUAUCAUCACAGGCACUGAACAGUACAGUAAAUAUUCUGGAUAUGCAGAGAGUUACAAAUGGAUGGACAGCUACAACGAUGAGACUCCCAGGGAUGACUGGCAGAGACGAUGUACGGAGAUUGUGGCCAUCGAUGCUCUAAAGUACAGGAACUACUUAGAUCAGUUUGCUCCUGAGAAGAUGACCAGAGAACUCAAUAAGGCAUACUGUGGAUUUUUCCGAAAUAACAUCAACAACAAGCACCUUUCUGCAGUAGCCACAGGCAACUGGGGCUGUGGAGCUUUUGGUGGAGACACACGACUCAAAGCCCUAAUUCAGUUGAUGGCUGCAGCCGAGGCUGGCAGAGAUGUGGCUUACUUCACAUUUGGAGAUGCUCAGCUCAUGAGAGAUGUUUAUGAAAUGCACAGCUUCCUCACCGAGAAACAAAUCACUGUUGGGCAGCUGUACAGCUUUUUGAACCAGUAUUCCAAUGUAGUGUGUAAGAAUUGCCUCACGAGUCGUCCUGAAGUCAACCUCUACAGUUUCAUCUCUGACAAGGUUUCAUCGCUAACGCCCACCAACGCCCCAGACUCACCCAAGGAUUCUGGGAUGUCACCUUCAAUGUCAGACUCUCAUUAACAGGGGCAGAGCUGCAACUUCAACUCCCUUCCCUUGUCUCGGAGUGUAAAGAGACUCCAGGUUCAGAAACCUGAAUGUUCUCAAUCUUGUGCAUACAAUCACCUUUUCUCACACACACUCCCUUUAAGUAUGUGAUCGAUACACAAAGUACCAAAACACUCUCUUGCCUUUCUCACUGAUGGUAUAAUAGGAGUCUAGUAGAAUGUCACCAUAUAUGGUGAAAUGUUUCAGAGACUUUAUAGCAAUAGUAAAUCCUGGUUGCUGUUGGGCCUUUAUUUAGUCUAAACGUGAUGUGGUAUUUUUAAUACUAAUUACAACUAUUGCCAAAUAUUCAUCAUAUGCAUGGUUGUGGGCACUUCUCUCUAUUGAAAAUCCAGGAUGUAAUAAUUCUCCUUGGUUGUUUUGCCUUAUGUUGUGUUUACUCUUCACCCUUUUCCAUCCUCAGGCUGUGCUGAGAAUCCUGAAUGCAGAGAUAAGAUGCCAUACUGUAGUCUAUGCAUGGGUAAUAUUUAUUUAUCAAAUACUCUACAGAUAUAUGCUGCUCUUCGGUUUCCUCUCGGAUAUUUAAGUUCAACAUGCAUAUUAUCUUUACAUCUUAUUUUAAUACGAGUCUAGACAUGAAUAGAAUGAUGACGUGUAAGGUUAAUCUCAGACCCAAUGGUGCAUAUUCUUGGUCAUUGUUAUAUUGAACCAUUGACUGUGUUCUGAGUAACGUGAUUGUUUUUGACUAUGCUGUGUCUAUCGAUAAGCACAGUAUUAAUACUGCAUUUACAGAAAAGGCAGGGCACGGAUGAAGACAUUGCACGAACGAUAUUUUGUUAAUGUUUUUACUCGACUUUUACUUUAAGGAUGAGCUUAUGGUUUUUGUUAUCUAAUAUUUUGAUUACAUGGACAAUGUGAGUUCUUUUUAAUGAUGAAAUCAUAAAUAGAAAGGCUGUAAAUGUAUUGUAUUAAUGUACUUUAGGUUUGUAGGCUGUACUCUUUUUAUUAUAAUUUCCUAAUUAAAGUAUAUCAUGAUAAAACUGUA